CCUCUCAAACCUCCGUGGGUGCGACUGUGGUGAGACUUGGCGUGGCAAUAUCACUUAUUUUUACCCAGGCGGUUCAUGGAGCUCUCCAGCUUGUGGGCAGGGCAUUGCAAGUCGUCACCAGCAUCACAAUGGCUUCGCCUUUAGUUUCUCGAGUUCCCCAUUGCUUCAAUUGCAUACGCAGGACCGCCGGUAGUUUGCGUGAGAAUCAUCUCUUUCCCGCCGGGCAGCAGAUUCGGGGCAAGAAGAGCGCAAGAACGAAAAAGAAACUCAGAGCCCUUCUGCUGCAAGAUAUUAAAGGCUAUGGCCCAAGAGGUUUGUGGAUAUGAUCCACUUCAGCGAAUGUAGACCCUGAUAUGUGUGUUAGGAAGCAUUCUAUCUGUCCCAGCGGGCGUGAUGAGAAAUUGGUUCGCAAGUCGACAGGCUGAUUAUGCGACAGAUGCACGAUUGGCAGAGCUCGGAAUUAAGGAGGAUAACGUUUCCGCUUUGCCCGCCAAAAUAUCACGAAACGAUGAAGAUAUCGUUCCGGGGAAAGCGGCAGUGCAACAAGCAGAGACAUCUGUACCGGAGGAAGAAGAGGCAACGGGUAAUGAUCCUAUCAGCAUAUUGGCUCAGGCGUCUGUUCAUCUGAAGAAUCCAACAAAAGAUGUGAAGCCUGAGAAAACUGCGAAACCGGAAAAGGCAUCUGUGAGAUAUACCCUAGGGAAGGAUUAAAUUCAUGUUGAGGGUCUUCUAACCUAUGCUAGCCCGAAGAAAAAACUGCAAUACUAUCGAAUAUCCUUCCCGCGAGUGUGGACUUCUAUCGAACAGCAAUUGCACCGGUCAAAGCAGCACCCAAAGUAUCUUCAUCCGUAGCCGCAAAAGCAAAUGUUUCUACGGCAAGGGGAAUGAAGGAGGAACCAACAAGCAUCGUGGGUGUCGUAUCAACGACAGACAUUUCCGUGAACUUGAUGGCUCUACUGGCCCAAACAGAGGAGGGAAAGCAUAUCAAACUGUGGCCAGAAGAUAUUGUGUUUGUGAACAAACCAGGGGAAACCAAUGUCGAGCAUUUGGGAACUUUCGAAGUGGGUAUCAAAAUAAAGGGAGCAUCGACAGCGAUUCGGAGAACAAUCAACGUGAAGAGUCAGGGCUGAAGAGGGAGAUGUAUAUCAACUGUAAAAAUUGCACGAAUUGCAUAGUGUAAUAUCACCAUUUUCAGACGGGGGGCUGGAAACCCUUUGAACAUGGCGUUUUCCAACGAGAGGGAGAGUAUCGCCAUGAGUAUAUACUGCUAAUACUUUGAGAUGUCUAGUUGACAUGACAAUUUCCCUCUCCAGCCUCUGCCACUGCCCAGAAAGACUUUUCACAGACUCAUUAUUACCAAAAAGGGCAGAACCAUUGGAUGAUUUGAUGACAGUAAAUAGCUCAAAAGUGGAAUCCGACGCAUCGGAUGCCAAUGAACUGCUUGCGCGCCCAACCCAGGUGGCUUUCAUCGAUUCAGAACUCUUGGAAGGGUUGCUGCCGGAGAAUCUCCUGAGGUGCUCGCCUCGCUGUUUCGACGGAAGAAUAUUCGGAUCAUGCUC